UUACACGGUCCUGAAUAUGGGUUGUCGUUGUCUGUUGCAAUGAAUUUCCUUGAAGAAAUACCAAAGAACAUGGCCGCUUGUCAAAAUGUGGUCUCUGAUGCAAAAUCAACACAAAAACCGCCUGCACCACCCGAUUUUCUCUCCAUUUCACGCAAGAAAUUGCUUCAGAACCUUGAAAUCAGUGCAGGAGCAAGGGUUAGCGCAUGGGUCGAUUCCAUGAGAGCUUCUUCCCCAACUCAUAUUAAGUCUACACCUUUCAUUGCCGAUGAUGAAGGUUUCUUGAAUCUGCACCAAUACCAUCCAUCGGCGUUGGAUAUGUUCGAGCAGAUAAUAGAUGCUUCGAAAGGGAAACAAAUAGUAAUGUUUUUAGAUUACGAUGGCACUCUUUCUCCGAUUGUUGCAGAUCCAGAUCGAGCUUUUAUGUCCAAGAAGAUGAGAAAGACGGUGAGAAAGGUAGCCAAAUGUUUCCCUACAGCUAUAGUGAGUGGUAGAUGCAGGGACAAGGUAUAUAACUUUGCCAAGUUGGUUGAGCUAUAUUACGCUGGAAGCCAUGGAAUGGACAUUAAAGGCCCUGAGAAACUUUCCAAAUCUAACACAGUGGUUGGCAUGAAGAGACCAUAUCAUUUUUCUCUAGACAAUGUUCCAGGUCACCCUAUCGUAAAAUAAUAAAGGUUUUUGCUUCAAAAA